CAUUUAGUUUUCAAUAUGCUCCUACUUAUCCUCUCCACGGCGCUACUUGUGAACUUGACUUUUGUGUUCUCUGGUUGUGACGCCGAAGCGGUCGCUAAGAUCCUACGUGGGCAAUCCGUCAAUGGGCCCCAAGCUGGUGGUAGCUCCGUGUCGGAAGGCACUUGUAGUGGCAAGAGCCUUGGCACCUACUCGUGGGACCAAUCCUUCUGGCGGGCUGGGAACCGGGAUCUCCUCGAUUUCCUCGAGUCCGACACUGGUAUGGCUUGGAACUGCGGUGAUGUAUAUAUCAACGUUGCUGACUACUCCAACUGGAAGGGCAUCGUCGAACCUGACAACUUGGUGAAGUUUGCGCGAGCAUUUCGUCAGUUGCCCGGAGCCGGCUCGAGGGUCCUCUGGAUGACCUACGGCGAUGUGGUUGAGCGUAACGGUGAGAAAAUGGUCGAAUUUGUGGCGACCUUCGAAGAGUGGCUACGGGACUAUGUCGGUUCUUCUGUGAUUCGGGAGAUCAUGCCUAUCGGUUUGAGCUACGACGUGGAGCAUGUGGACCCUAAGCUCGUCCGGGAAGCUCUCGUCGAGGCCAACAGCAUGAAGAGUCGAUUGACUGCCCAGUUGGGGUAUCCCUCUGGCUCGGUACUCCUACAAGCUACUAUUCAAGGUGCUGAGGACGAGGAAGGCACACGUUACGUCAUGGAGCAUGCCGACUCGGCGCUCAUGAUGCUUUAUCGUAAUUACAUCAUUGACCCGAACGGCAAGUACCAGGAAGACUCUAAUAUUGUCAACAGAAUGUACUGGAUGCUCACCGACCAGUGUGCGAAUUGUCUGAAGGACGACUAUUUCCCACGGGCGAAAAUCACCGUGAUGGUCGAAGCUUCUUGCAAGAUGGGUCGUGGGUGCGGUAAACUAUCCUUCUGCGCGCAUGAUGGGCCCGGGGCACAAGGCGGUGUCGAGUACAUGUGGAAUAUCCUUGGUGAAAUGGAUCGAAUAAUGCAGGACCCGUCCGAAGGGUAUAUGACUCCAGCACGUCAUGCGGCUCUUUUCAACCCCGACACGCCGUUCGCUGUACACGACUUUAGAUGGUCGCGAUGUUUCUACGGCCAAGCUUUCUCAACGAGCAUGGGCUACGAUGAUUGUGAUGCUUAUCACACUAUGGCAGAUAUAUGCCGAACUAAGUGACGAUCAAGUCGAUUUCUUGGGUAUUUGAACAUUGUUUCUCAUCUAAUAUCGCACAGGUGAAUUCUUGUAAGCCUGUUCUCCUUGCAUAUGUAUGCAUUAUGUAUAUCAUCUAGAGCUACUCGGUACAUAGACUAUUGUCGUCAUCCAUGUAUCGACG